GGGAAGAUGCUGGAUAAGGCCACCCUGCUCCUGUUCCUGCACUUGGUCACAUGCUCCAUCUCCUCCCCUCUCUACCCAGCUCUCAGGUUCAGUCCAGGGCCGGUUGCUGGCAAGGCCAUGAGCUUCCAGCUGCAGCACAGCAGCUCCCUGCAGAGCCACAACCCCAUGGCAGAGGAGCUGGAGGAGGAGGGUUUGUUAUCAGACCCCACUGAGAAGAGGAUGCAGCGCCAUGCUGAUGCCAUAUUCACGGACAACUACAGGAAAUUCCUGGGGCAGAUUUCAGCCCGAAAAUUCCUCCAGACCAUCAUUGGCAAGAGGCUUGGAAGCAGCGAGAGCAGCCCAGGGGAAGGGGUGCAGGAAUUCCUGGGCAGGCGCCAGUCCGACAGCAUCCUGAUGGACAGCCAAUACCAGCAGCAGAUGGUGCUGAGGGACUUCCUGGGAGCCAUCCUGCAGAGCCAAAGGCCUCAGGACAUUGACAGCAGUGGGCUAGAAGGCUUUCCCAGCUCCCUGGCCAAGCUCAUGUAA